GUUCAUGGUUUUUUUCUUUCAGGACACAGUGUGAUUUUGUUUUUGUGCCUGUGUUUUUUCUUGAUUGCGGCUGUUGAUGGCGUCCGGUGGGUCGCUGGUACAGAUCAGCAUCCCUGGGUUCAAAUUGGCUGGAGUAGUAUCUGAACCCAGUCGUCCCCACCAUUUGUUCCUCAUCGACAUUUGGUACAGGGGUCAGAAGACUUGCGUGGAAAAACGCUACAGCUCUUUUCUCCUGUUGCACAGAGAACUGAGGAAAACUCACCAAACGCCGCCGUUUCCCCCGAAGAAAGUGAGGAACUUCAACCCGAGGGUUUUGGAGGAGAGAAGGAAAGCGUUGGAAACGUAUUUGCAGGCUGUGGUGAAUUAUUAUCCACUUCCCGAAGUUUUGGUGGACUUUCUGGCUCUUCCCGGAAAAUUGAAGCGUGACAGCUUGGAAUCCGUCAACACGUUGGAGAGUCUUUCCGAGUUGUGCAUCUCGCAUCAGCCGGUGUUUGCCUUUUGUCGCGAUCCUUACGUGGAUUCCGCGUCGAGUGAUUCCGGAUCCAGUCUCCCAGACAUCGUCUUCAAGGGAGUCACUCACGGGCUCUACUAUUCCUAG